AUGAGCACUCCUGGUAGCAUUCUCGUCAUCGGAGCUGGCGAGCUAGGAACUUACGUUCUGCAAGCUCUAGCCCACCACCCUCAGAGACGAAACAAUGCAAUUAUCUCCGUCCUGCUUCGUGAAAGCUCCAUCAAGGCUACAGAGCCAAGCAAAGCUGCUCGCAUCGACUCUCUUAGCAAACUCGGAAUCACAUUCACUCCUGGCGACGUCACCGGUGACUCCGAAGACAAGCUCAGCUCAAUAUUCAAGGAAUUCGAAGUCGUCAUCUGCUGUACCGGAUACAUGGCAGAAAGUGGACUCCAGGUCAAAAUUUCCAGAGCUGUCAUUGCUUCAAAGGUGCCAUACUAUAUUCCUUGGCAAUUCGGUAUGGAUUACGAAGCCAUCGGACGGGGCUAUAAGCAGUACAUGUUUGAUGAACAGCUGGAUGUGAGGGACUUCCUUCGGUCCCAGAGUACGACUCGUUGGCUUGCGUUGUCGACCGGGCUGUUCACUAGCGUUAUCUUUCCUCCUAUUGGGGGUCUGGUGGAUGUGGAAAACAAACUCGUGUAUGGUAUCGAGGACUGGGAUAACAAAUUUUCGACAACCACGACGGAGGAUAUCGGGAAGUUCACGGCGGAGAUUGUACUAGGGCCAGAAAUGGAUGCCCUCUUUGUCAAUGGGCCGGUCUAUGUGGCCGGGGACACGGUGUCCUACCGUGAGGUAGCUGACGCAAUAGAGGAAGCUACUGGGCAGAAGUUCACGCGAAAGCUCCUCAAUCAGAAGGAAACGCAGCACAAUCUGCAACAAGAGCUAACCGCCGGGAACAUUUGUCGUAAUGUCUUUGCACAAGGAAGGGGGUUCCUCUUUGAUUCUGUGGAUCUUUGGGUACCUCAAGCUGGCUUAAAGACAACUAGUUUCCGGAAAUUUGCUCUGGAGUUCUUUCAGGGCUCGGCCUAA